AUGGGGAGGACUGGUUUGUUUGAUCUUGAAAGGCACUUCACCUUCUACAGCGCAUACCACAACAACCUAGUUAACAUUUUGAUACACACUGUGUUUGUGUGGCCGAUAUUUUUCACCUCUCUGGUUCUUUUGUACUUCACAUCUUCUCUGUACACUUUCCCAGCUGGGCUCAGUCAUGAUUUUCUGUUGAAUUUUGGGUUUGUUUUCACCGUGAUCUGUGCCUUGUUUUAUGUCUGCUUGGAUAAGAAAGCUGGAUCUUUGGCUGCUUUGCUCUGUGUUCUCUGUUGGGUUGGAGCCAGUUUGCUUGCUGGUCGCCUUGGAUUUUCUUUGGAGUUACCUUCGAAGGCAGAUAUGAUAUCGUCACUGUCUAUCUCGGACGCUGGAGCCUUAGGGCCAGGUGGUCUUGCUGACGUGGGAGUCGAAGAGGUCGCACCAGUUUUUGCCGUCGUAGUUCUUGAGGGCGGCCUUGUCGUGUUGGACGUCGAGGAGGAUGCUGGAGUUGGAUUGGUAGACGAUCUCAUCAAGAGAGUAGGACUCGGAGUCGGUGGCGGCAGCAGAGGAAGGGUCGGUGUUGAAGGGGACGUAGUGGGCAGAGAAAUAAUGGGUGUUGGUUGUGUUGUGGUAGCGAGCUUUGUCGCGACUGUUGCGGCAAUGGAGGAUUGUGGAUGA